AUGGAAAAAAUCAGAAGCAACCCUGGCGUUAUGACAUCUGAAGCUCAAUUAGAGCGUCUAUGCGCAAGAGAAAAAUGGGUAAACCCCUAUGAAGUUUUACUUUUAGGCCCAGAUUCGACUGAUGAAGAAAUCCGUUCAAAGUUCCGUAAAAUUUCAGUUCUUGUCCACCCUGACAAGUGCCGUGACGACCGCGCAUUGCAUGCCUUUCACAGUAAUUGCUAAAUAGUUCUUGAAUCUGCCUAUAAAACUCUUCAAGACCCUGAGAAGAAAAAGACAUUUCAAAGAAUCAUGCGAGAAGCACGAGAGCGAGUAGAAUAUGAGCGUAAAAAAGAAAACUGCAGGCGAGAUAUGCUUGGUCUAGCAAAAUUACCAGAAGAUACAUUUUCCUCACUCCCCCCCCUUUUAAAUUGGAACUAAAAAUUUUGUUCCAAUUUAAAGGGAAGUUAAUUUUUGUUUUAAAAAAAAAUAUCAAUAUAAAAUGUUUUAUAAAAACAAAUUUAUAUAUAAAAAUUUAAAAAAAAAAAAUUUUCAAAAACUUAUUAAUAAAUUUGUUUAAUAAAAUGCUAUUUACUCUUUAUCCUUUAAAAAAAAGCAAGGUAUAACUAAAAUUUUUAUUAUUAGUUAAUACGCCACUAUUAAUUGGCAUCAAAAAUAUUUGUACAAAAUUUAUUAUUUUUAUUGGUAAAAAAAAUUAAAAAAAGAAAAAAUUUUAGAAAAUUUAUCGAUCAAAGUGCUAAUUUUGUUUAAAUAAGAUACUAUUUAUACUCUAUUCUUUAAAAUAAAGCAAGGAAUAAGUAAGUUUUGAAAUUUUAUAAAGAAUUCCUAUUGAAUUUAUAUCAAAACUAUUUAAAUAAAAAAAUAUCAUUUUUAUCAAAAAAAAUAUGAAAAAAUUUAAAAAACAAAAAAUUAAUUUUUUUUUAAAAUUUAGCAAAUAAGGGUAAUAAAUUUAUUUAAAUAAGAUGCUCUUUAUACUUUCUUCUUUAAACAAGAGCAAGAUAUAACUAAAUUUUUAAUUUUAGUUAGGAAUAAACAUUUAACUUAUAUCAAAACUUUUUAGAUAAAAAUUAUAUAUAAUUUUUUAUUAUAAAAUUAAAUUUUGUUCCAAUUUAAAGGGGGGGUUAAAUUACCAAAAAAGUGGAAAUUUUACCGAUAUUUUGUUCCAAUUUAAAGGGGGGGGAGUCAGAGGUGCAGGACAUGUGCAAUAGAAUUUUCAGAGAAAUUGAAGAAAGGAAAAUUCAUUUUGAUAAAUAUGAUUUCAUGGCGCAUAAAAGACAGAGAGAGGAAGACGAAAGAAGAAAAGAAGAAGAUGAAAGGAAGACACAGGAUGAAAAGGAAUGGGAAAGGUCAAGGGAUAAAAGAGUCAACCAAUGGAGGACUUUUACAAAUAAAAAAGACAAUAAGAAGAGCAAAAAAAGGAUGAGAGGAUUUGAAAUGAAGCCUCCAGUUGUGAGAAUGGAAGAAAGAAAGAGCUAA